AUGAAGCCCCUCCAGAGGCGUCAGGCCCAAAAAGCCGACCUUAGUGGGGACACCACGGCUGCCACCAUCAACCACUCGCUGACGCUGCUGCAGCGGCUGCAGGAGCUGCUGCAGAACGGGAACGGCAGUGACUCGGUGCUGCGGGUGCGCUCGGCCGCCUCCGACGAGGCCAAGGUGUUCCACACGCACCAGCUGCUGCUCAGCCUCCAGAGCGAGGUGUUCGAGAGCCUCCUGCGCAACCAGAGCGUCGUCACCCUGCACGAGCCGCCUGAGACCGCCGCGCUCUUCGACAAGUUCAUCAGGUACCUGUACUGCGGGGGGGUGUCCAUCCUGCUGCACCAGGCCAUCCCCCUGCACCAGCUGGCCAGCAAGUACCGGGUCUGGGGGCUGCAGCGCGGCGUGGCCGAGUACAUGAGGAGCCACCUGGCCAGCGAGUCGAGCCAGGGCCACGUGGUGGGCUGGUACCACUACGCCGUGCGCGUCGGGGACGCGGCGCUGCAGGAGAGCUGCCUCCAGUUCCUGGCCUGGAACCUGUCGGCGGUGCUGGGCAGCGCCGACCCCGACUUCGCCGGCGUCACCUUCCAGAAGACRGUGCUGGUGGGCGUGCGGCAGCAGGGCCGGGUGCUGGUGAAACACGCCUACAGCUUCCACCAGAGCUCGGACGAGGCACCCGACUUCCUGGCGCACGCCGACCUGCAGAAACGCACCUCCGAGUACCUCAUCGACAACUCCCUGCACCUCCACAUCAUCAUCAAACCCGUCUACCACGCCCUCAUCAAGGUGAAGAAGUAACGAGGGACAGACGGGCCCCACGGGGGCAAUGCUGGGUCCUCCUGCUCAUAGGUAGAUGGGGGUCCCCACAGUGGGGGACCCCAGGGCUGUGCUCUGUGCUGCCCCACCCUCCCUGAG